AUGCAAAUAGACAAUGAGCGGACAGAUGUUGAUGACACAACAGCAACAACUGCGACUGCAACAACAGGAGAUAUAUCUACACCAAUCAUUGAUACCGUUACUGGCAUAACGCCAACAACUCCUACAACAACAGACUCAGCCAGUGAUGAGGAAGAAAGAUUGUUCUUCAAACAACUCAAUGAUUUCUACAUUGCAAAUGGAUCCUUCAUGAACACUACAAAGAGACCUCAGCAAAAAGGCAAACUAAUCAGAUUGUUUGCCCUGUACAAUAGUGUCGUUGACAUGGGUGGAUACAAUGAAAUAUCGACAAGUGACUGGAAUGACUUUGGUGCACAGUUCAACAUCUCUGGCUCAGUCAAACAAGUCUAUCUCAAGUACCUCAUUGACUUUGAAAAGACAUUCUUCAAACGUGAUGACAAACCAUCAGCUUCAGCUUCGUUCAAUGAGAUGAUCAUGGAGUCGAUCGAUCCAUCCAAUGUGACAUUGGGCAACAUGCUAAAGAACUCAUUGCUAUUGGAUGGCCCUGGUGGACAAAAGAGGAAACAGAUUACACCGGCUGCUGCUCUUGCCGCUGCCAGUACCCAACAACGAUCCACCAAAAAGACAAAAGAGGAGAACUACACACAAUACGAAAAGGACUUUGAAACCACGAGGACAAUAACUUUAUUCUCCAAACAACUGUUUCGUGGCGCGAUUGAAUCACAUGUGUUGAACGCCAAGGGUGGUGAGACCAUCCAGAAGAUUGACGGCCCUGCAAGUGGCAGUGUCAACAGUAGGAGUAGACGAGGAGUGCGAGCCAAUGGCAGUCUUGCAGUGGACAACAAUGAUGUGGACAUUGAGUCGACAACACCAAUCGAAUCACCUCCUCUGGGGCAGGCACCAGUCACAAAGAAAUCCACUUCCACACCAACAACAACCAAGCGAAGAGGAGCAAAAAACAAAGAGAAUGAUGGCACUACACUGGAAGAACCAAGAAUUGACUCUAGGUCAACCUCACCUGUAUAUAAUAUCGAUACAUCACCACAAGACAAACGAAAGAGGAGCAAAGUGGAGGCGAGUGGUGAGGACAGAGAUGUAAUUAUCAACGAGGAUGAUGAAGAUGAUGACGAACAAGUCACACCAAAGAACCAGAUAAAUGUGGUCUUGGAUGAUGAUAGUAGUAGCAGUAGUAGUAGUAGUAGUAGUAGUAUUAUCAGUGUAAAUAUAGGACGCAAGAGAACAACGAAUCAACAAAAAGCACCAACAACAUCCACAACUACAACAACAACGACAUCAGCAGCAGCAGUGGACAAGAAGAAGAAACAACAACAACAACAACAAACCAAGGAUAAUGCCAAAACCAAUCCCAAUGUAACAACAAUAUCACGGCUCCAACAUGGAGGCACAACUGCUGGAUAA